AUGGAUGACAUAUACCCAACCUACGCUGCAUUUGUUAAAAGCUUUAAUGACCCUCAGUCUGCAAAACACAAGAACUUUGCAAAGGCACAAGAGGCAGUCAGAAAGGAUGUAGAGUGUGCAUUUGAGAAUAGUAGAGGAGAGAAAGAAGAUGUUGGUGAAAGUAAUGGAGUAGAAAGAGAAGUUGUGGGAGAAAGAUCUGAGGUGGAUACUUCCUUGACUGGAAUGACGUCCUUGAUAUCCAGAUCAGAGAUAGUGCUCCCAGAUGGAAGCUUUGCAAGUUUCAUCCAAAGAUAUAUGGCAAUUUGA